CGAAGCACAAGCUGGUCACACUGGCCUUUGGUUACAUUAUAUAAAAUAAGUAGAAAUAGUAUGAUUCGAACUGCUAUUUCUCAAUUAAUGGGCCUCAGGCCCAGCGGUGGCCUGCUCACGCAGGUCCGCGACAAGGGCCACCUGAGCCGGCCCCGGCUUCGGAAUCCCCAAUGGUUUCUGCGCAAGGAAGUCACCAAUCGGGGAGACCUGGUGACGGCGGAAAAUAAGCAUUUUAUCAACGAUCUGGUCCACGAGGGCUUCGGUGCUCCAGCGCUGAUUAAAGGUGUCCAGACAUACGAGCAGAACUUGGUCAAGACAAAGGAUCUGUCGACGCCUCCCCAAACAUGGACCCCACAGAUUAGGCGCUGCGGCGUGAUAGCCCGCAAGAUUGGCCAGUAUCCACUCUGGCUGAAGAACGGCGAGCGGAUACGAACCACGCUGCUGCAGGUUGUGGACAACCAUGUGAUCAAAUACAUACCCCCGGAGGAGUAUGUAGCCCAAAAGUUGCCCGGGCGCCUUGAACCUGCUGCGAACAACAAGCGCGGCUGCAUCAUCGUGGGGUCUGAGAGCACGAACCCCGUGCUGCUGACCAAAGAGUAUUCGGGAAUCUUCCGGGACUCUGGGGUCGUGCCCAAGAAGAACCUGGCCCGUUUCUUUGUUUCCCCCGAGGCGGCCCUGGUGCCCGGCACUCCCCUAAAUGCAAAUCACUUCCGUGUUGGCGACUUUGUUGACGUUCGCGGAAAAACAGUUGACCAUGGCUUCCAGGGCGUGGUGAAGCGUCACGGCUUCAAGGGCAUGCCCGCAUCACAUGGUGUUACCAAGACGCAUCGUCGUGCCGGCAAUAUUGGCGGCGGAGGCGAAAAGGGUCGCGUCUGGCCCGGCACAAAGAUGCCCGGACACAUGGGCAACCGGUGGCGCGUGAUCAGGGGCCUGCGCAUCUGGCGCAUCAACUCGAAAUACAAUGUCAUGUGGGUGCAGGGCAGCGCCGUGGCCGGUCCCACCAAUGGCCUGGUCUACAUAUACGACACAAUCCUGCCGCUGCGCAAGAACCAGGAGGCGCCGCCCUUUCCCACGUCCUACGAGGAUUCCAGCGAUGAUGUUUGGUACGAUAAGGUGCACAACUUUAAGGAUGAGUCCAUAAUAUAUGAAAAGGAAUAGCUGCAAUACCUGAAGUAUCGCUAAAACGUAUGUUUUUUUUUUACCGAAGUAAAUAAAUGUGGAAAAUGUUAA